AAACGCAACUCCUCUAGACGCUAACGUUAACAACAUAUCCGGGUAAACCAACCUGGUUGAACAAACCGGUGCGGUGCUGUUGUCCCUGGGGGAAAUUUUUUUGAAUCACAUUGUUUCAUACACAAGGCUGGGCGUCUACACAAAUCCGAGGACAUGGACACUGCUGUGAUCAAUCUUCACAGCAUUUUUGAAAGCAUGCGGGCACAAGUUGAUGUUCUCAAUGAAAGCAUUGAGCCCCAGUUCAUUCAGAUGGCUUUGAAUUUUGAGAACAGCCGUCGUAAAUGGCUGAGACUCGAGCAGGAGCUGAAUGCUUGUAAGGAGGUGCUCACCAAGGCUGAGACAGAGCGAGGAGCUCUAGAGGUCAAGCUCAAACAUGCCCGCAACCAAGUAGAUGUGGAGAUCCGUAGGAGACAGAAAGCUGAGGCUGACUGUGCAAAACUGGACCGUCAGAUCCAGCUAAUUCGGGAGCUGUUGGUGUCUGAAGGGUCCAGUAACAGCAUCCAGUUAAAUGAGGAGCAGCGCUCAGCUCUGGCCUUUCUGAACGCCCGUUCCCAGAAUCCUGCAAACCUCAACACUAGCCGACGACUGGCCACCAUUGAUGAAUCAGCCUCUAUCUUGUCAGACAUCAGUUAUGAUAAAACUGAUGAUUCUUUGGACUGGGACUCUUCUGCAAUCAGGGCUGUUCGUCUCAAGAAACGGCAAAAGAGACGCUCCUCCCGAAACCACACAGACGGCCCCCCUGCUGCUGCCAAGAGGUCCCGUUCCACCGGCCGUACCUCUGAGAAAGGUAAUGAGUCUCUGGUGGCUAAGACCACCAUGACGGUGCCUGCUGAUGGCGGACCCAUUGAAGCUGUCACCACAGUGGAGGCUGUUCCUUACUGGACCCGGAGCCGCCGAAAAACUGCUGCUCUGGAGUGGGACACUGCUGACACAGACUCUGUUCAGUGUAUGUCAAAUAUUUGCAGAGAUAUAGCCUCGGAUGCAGUGAUCAAGCCAGAGUCUUGUGUACCAUGUGGUAAGAGGAUCAAAUUUGGGAAGAUCUCCCUAAAGUGCAGGGACUGCCGUGUGGUGGCCCACCCCGAGUGCCGUGAGCGCUGCCCUCUGCCCUGCAUUCCAACCAUGACUGGGACUCCAGUGAAAUUUGAGGAGGGCAUCCUAGCAAAUUAUGUGUCCACCUCCUCUCCCAUGAUUCCUUCGCUAGUGGUGCACUGCGUUAAUGAGAUUGAGCAGAGAGGCCUGCAUGAGACUGGUCUGUACCGAGUGUCUGGCUCUGAUCGAGUGGUCAAGGACCUGAAAGAGAAGUUCCUGCGUGGGAAGACCGUUCCCUUGCUCAGCAAGGUGGAAGAUAUCCAUGCCAUCACUGGUCUCCUCAAGGACUUCCUGAGGAACCUCAAAGAACCCCUGCUGACCUUCCGCCUCAACCGUGCCUUCAUGGAUGCUGCUGAGCUGUCUGAUGAUGACAACAGCAUCGCCUUGAUGUAUCAGAACAUCAGUGAUCUUCCACAGCCCAACAGAGACACUCUGGCCUUUCUCAUCAUCCAUUUGCAGAGGGUGGCCCAGAGCAAAGAUACAAAGAUGGACAUAACCAAUCUGGCUCGGGUAUUUGGGCCCACAAUUUUGGGUUAUGCCGUGCCUGACCCAGAUCCAGUGACCAUCCUGCAGGACACAAAACGGCAGCCGAAAGUGAUUGAGCGUCUCUUGGGUCUGCCUGUGGAGUACUGGAGUCAGUUUAUGAUCAGCUACAACGACCAGGGUCGCAGUGAUCACAUGAUCAUCGAGAACUCCAAUGUCCACGCAACUCCUGAUAACAAAACAAGUAUGUUUGGGCCCCUUACGACUCCUGACCAGCAGAUGAGCAAGACCCCAUCAUCCAGCUCUCUCUCCCAGCGCAUGAAGAAUGCAACUCUCAAUGCAAUCACUCCAAAGUUUUCUAGCAGGAGCAGAGCUGCAGUCAGCGUCCCUCGCCUUUCUUGA